UUCAUCACAUUUACAUGGUCUCAUCCUAACGACGAUUUCACAGCGAUGACUGUAAUUUUACAAAGAAAUAGCUGCUAGCUACCACCGAGGACAAUUUUAAUCACGUUAUCUUCCGUCAACCGCGUUGAUUGGACUUGGCUAAUAACUGCGUUAGCUGUGUGACGUCCACUCGUUUCAUUUUAACGCAUGGGAUCUGACUAUUUACUGGCCCUCAAGCUACUGUUUUCGCAUCGGAUAAUGCUAACAAUGAAGGUCAAUUUGAAGGUCCCCAAAGCCCGAGGACGUUCCAGAUAACCUCCUUCUGCCUUUGAGGAAGAGCAGCCGCACUUUGGAUAUUUAUGGUCUUUAACCGUGCCUCUUUGAGAGCAUCAAAAUCAUUAAGAAACCCUGUUGCAGUCAAUAACAUCAACCAGCACCAGGCAUCGACCACCGUUCACUGCGGCUCUUGGAAGAUCAGCGUUGUGUUUAUGUCUUUGUUUUGCGAAAACGAGCUGUUGCGCAGCCGUUGGAACCUGUGUGGUGGAAAUCUAGACUUCAAGCAAGGAGCUUGCAGCCACAGCGGCACAGCGUUUUUCAUGUCAGAGACCGAGCACGCUUGCAGUCGUUUAUGUCAUCCCCUCUUUUCCAGACAGAAGAUCCCGAAAAAUCCCCAACCAAGAUCCUUUUAUCUUACUGAUAGUGCUAACAUCCAGCCAAAAUGUCUGUCAACGUCAACCGCAGCGUGUCAGACCAGUUCUAUCGCUACAAGAUGCCCCGUCUGAUUGCCAAGGUUGAAGGCAAAGGGAAUGGAAUCAAGACGGUCAUUGUCAACAUGGUUGAUGUUGCAAAGGCUCUGAACAGGCCUCCAACAUACCCGACCAAGUUUUUUGGUUGUGAACUCGGCGCUCAGACCCAGUUUGAUACCAAAAACGAUCGUUACAUCGUCAACGGAUCCCACGAGGCGAACAAGUUGCAGGACAUGCUUGAUGGGUUCAUCAGAAAAUUUGUGCUGUGUGCCGAGUGUGACAACCCUGAAACUGAUCUGCAUGUCAAUCCCAAGAAACAAACUAUUGGUACUUCCUGUAAGGCCUGUGGAUACCGCGGCAUGCUAGACACCAGACACAAACUCUGCACAUUCAUCCUCAAAAACCCACCUGAGAGCAAUGAUAGUGGAUCUGCAUCUGUGAAGAAAGAGAAGGAGAAGAAGAACCGCAAGAAGGACAAGGAGAACGGCUCUGGCAGUGGCGAGGCUGGAAACCAUGACAACUUUGAUGCUCCCGAGGCUGUGGAUCGAGAUGACGAUGAUGAAGACUGGGCAGAGGAGACUACAGAGGAGGCACAGAGGCGGAGGAUGGAGGAGAUCAGCGAUCACGCCAAGAACCUGACGCUCAGCGAGGACCUGGAGAAACCCCUGGAGGAUAGGGUCAACCUCUUCUACAGCUUUGUGAAAAACAAAAAGGAAAGCGGAACGAUUGACGCAGCUGAUAAAGAGAUCUUGGCGGAGGCAGAGCGCCUGGAUGUGAAGGCCAUGGGCCCGCUCAUCCUGAGCGAACUGCUGUUCAACGAAAACAUCCGUGACCAGAUCAAGAAGUACAAACGUCACUUCCUGCGUUUCUGCCACAACAACAAGAAAGCCCAGAAGUAUCUGCUGGGAGGUUUUGAGUGUGUCGUGAAGCUGCAUCAGGUCCAGCUCCUGCCACGUGUUCCCAUCAUCCUCAAAGACCUGUACGACGCUGACCUGCUGGAGGAGGACGUGAUUUUCGCCUGGGCAGAGAAGGUUUCUAAGAAGUACGUCUCCAAGGAACUUGCCAAAGAGAUCCAUGCCAAGGCCGCUCCUUUUGUCAAAUGGCUGAAGGAGGCAGAGGAGGAGAGCGAGGGUAGCGAAGAAGAGGAGGAGGAAGAUGAUGAGAAUGUUGAGGUGGUGUACUCGUCCUCUGCCCGCGAGCUCAAAGUGGAGACUGUGAAACCAGACACGCCAGAGAAAGAAGAGGACGACAUUGACAUCGAUGCGAUCUGAGAGACUCGAGUGAUGAUGCUUUUCCUGACUUGCGGCUUUGACUCACGAUGCCCUGCACUAGCUAAAUGGCUGGCCUUUUCCCUCCUUUACUACCUGUCCCACCACCAGCCCUCUCUGCGAUCCCUUCUCCGCUUAGUGGCAUGAUUUAACAUAGCGCUUUAUCUGCUGCACAUUAACGCUGUCAUUUUGAAGUGUAUUCAGUUGAUGAAAUGAAGUCUCUUUUGGGGGUUUUAAUCACGGGUGAUUUGGGAAUUUUGUUUUGACUGCACUUUUUUUUUUUUUUUCUUCUUUUGGUCCUUGUAUUUUUCCAGUCAAUAAAGAAUGAAUGUUUUGCUAUCCAGCACAUUUGACUGUUUCAUCUGUGAGAUUGGACAGUUUUUCUCUGGUAGGUGAUUAACAGAGAAUCUGAGGGGAAACCUCUUCCCUUAAAUGUUGUGCUGUGAAGCCAGAUGUUUUCUAUAUCAUAAAUAAAAUAACAUAAUUGUUAAAUCAUUAAAAAAAAAAA